AUAAAUGAGCCAAAAAGUUGAAUUGAGGGGUAGUUUUAGCAAAAUAGAUGAAUAAAGGGUAUUUUUAUACCUUUUCUAAAAGUUCAGGGGCAUUUUUGUUCUUUUCCGUUAAAUUUAUUUGGGAUUGUGACUAAAAGUGCACCACUUAUGCAAACAUAAUGUACUAUUAGUGCACCAUGUGAAAGAAUAUGUAUGAUUUUGAUCCAAACCCAAACAUUAUGGAUGAUUUUGAUCCUUUUCUCAACAAAUAGCAUACUAACUUAAAAUCUUUUCCUCUUUUUGCUUCAAUUGUUUCAGUAUACACUUCCCCAUGUUCACAACUAAACUGAAUUAUCUUCACCAUCAAAUCAGUACAUUUCUCUCCAACAAUGGAACCUCAAUAACCCUCAAAACCCUUCUUCAAUCCCAUGCCUUCAUAAUCACAACUGGCCAUACUAACAAUGUUUACAUAGCAGCAAAACUUAUAUCUCUUUACUCUAACAAACACCUCAUUUCUUCAAGAAAAGUGUUUGAUUUCAUCACUUUUAAAGACCCUUUUCUUUGGAAUUCAAUUAUCAAAGCUUAUUUUUCCAAUGGGUAUUACACAGAAUCACUUGAGUGUUACUCAAAUAUGAGGGUUUGUAAUUAUUUGCCUAAUCAGUUUACUAUACCAAUGGUUGUUUCUGCUAUUGCUGAACUUGGGUUGAUUGAAAAUGGAAAAAAGAUUCAUGGGUUAGUCUCAAAAUUGAAUCUUUUUCAUGAUAAUACUGCUGUUGGAUCAUCUUUAGUUUAUAUGUAUUCGAAAUUCGGGUUUUUGGGGUAUGCUUCUGAUGUGUUUGAUGAAAUGCCUCAAAGAGAUGUGGUUUCUUGGACUGCAAUUAUUAAAGGGUAUGUAGAGAAUGGGGAGAGUGGAAAAGGGUUGGAGUAUCUUUGUUUGAUGUGUAAGAAUGGUGAAGUUAGGCCGAAUUUUCGGACGUUGGAGGGUGGAUUUCAAGCUUGUGGAAAUUUGGGUGCAUUGGUUGAAGGUAAGUGUUUACAUGGGCUAGCAAUGAAAUAUGGUUUUGGCUGUUAUCAAGUAGUUCAGUCUUCUGUUUUGUCAAUGUACUCGAAAUGUGGUUCGGUUGAAGAAACGUAUCGUUCGUUUUGUGAGAUUGAUGAGAAGGAUUUGUUUUCUUGGACGCUGAUGAUUUCUGUUUUUGCAAAAUAUGACUGUAUAGGCGAAUGUGUUGAUAUGUUCUUGAAAAUGCAGGAUAGUGGGAUAUCCCCAGAUGGGAUGGUAAUUAGUUGUGUGCUUUCUGGUCUAGGCAAUGCCAUGAGGAUUUUUGAAGCUAAGGCUUUCCAUGGAUUCAUCUUGAGAAGAAAAUAUGACGUUGAUGACAUGGUCUGUAACGCGUUAUUGGCCAUGUAUUGUAAGCUUAGACUCUGGAAUUUAGCGGAAAAGAUAUUUGAUGGAGGAAAUGGACAAAACACAGAGGCUUGGAACAUGAUGGUGGUUGGCUAUUUCAAGGCAGGAUUAGAAGCCAAGUGCAUUAAUUUAUUUAGAGAAAUGAAACACUUAGGGAUCGAAUCUAAUAUCAAUUGCUUGAUAUCAGCAAUUUCUGCUUUCUCUCGGUUGGAAGAAUUCCAUUUAGGUCAAUCUCUGCAUUGUCAUGUUAUAAAAAAUGUCAUGCUUGGAAAUGUUUCUGUUGCCAAUUCUCUAAUAGAUAUGUAUGGUAAAAGUAAGGAUCUGAUUUCAUCCCGGAGAGUCUUUUGUAUGAUGACCGAUAAGGAUGUUGUUACGUGGAACACAAUGAUGACUUCGUAUAUUAGUUGUGGAAAAAUUACAGAGGCCUUUAGCCUUUUUGAUGAAAUGAGAGCAGAAAAUUACAAGCCUAAUGUUGCAACAUUGGUGAUUUUGCUAUCUGCUUCUUCUCAAGUAUCUUCCCUGGAGAAAGGAGAGAAAGUUCAUGAAUACAUCAAGGAAGUUGGGUUCGGAAAGAAUACUUUGCUUGCUACUGCUUUGACUGAUAUGUACGCGAAAUGUGGACAGCUAAAAAAGUCCAGAGAAAUAUUUGAUUCAAUGGAAAAGAAAGAUAUUGUUUCUUGGAACGUACUGAUCUCAGGCUAUGCUAUGUAUGGAGAAGCAAAUUAUGCUUUAGAAAUGUUCAAAAAGAUGGAACAGACGGAAAUUAAGCCAAAUGAACUGACUUUUCUUGCUGUGCUCUCGGCUUGUGCUCAUGCAGGGUUGGUUGAACAAGGAAAGUCCAUAUUUAGAAGAAUGAAAGAUUAUUCCUUGAUGCCCACAUUGAAGCACUAUUCUUGCAUGGCUGAUCUGCUAGGUCGUUCUGGUAAUCUGGAUGAUGCUGAAACUUUGGUUUUGUCCAUGCCAAUUGCUCCAGAUGCAGCUAUCUGGGGUUCUUUACUAAGCUCUUGUAAAAUUCACAGUCAGGUUGAGAAGGGUAUAAGAAUUGCAAAACAUGCUAUUGAAUCUGACCCGGAAAAUGAUGGAUACUAUAUAGCAAUCUCAGACCUAUAUAGUUCUGUAGGAAUGUGGGAAGACGUAGAAAUGGUGAGGGCAAUAAUGAAGGAGCGGAAAGUGAGGAAAGAAGUUGGUUGGAGUACAGUAUAAUUUGUGCAGGAACUGGUUGUAGAAAUGAGAUAUGUCUUUUAUGUACUGGGAAACAAUGGCCAAAAUCAGUGGUAGCUUUAACAUUUCAGGUGAUUUCCAGGUUACGAGCUAUUUCAGUGGGCUGAUCGAGAAGGAUACAUUUAUAAUCAUGCCUCUUCUUUUUUGGCUGAUUAUAGUAAUCUGAUUUUGUUUCUAUAUGAUGAACAAAAUUGCAGUUUUCUUAGCCUUUGAAGUUCAGCCCUUCAACAAUAUAUCUUGUGUACGAGAAAGGAAGAAACUUUUUAUGGUCUCCAUAUUCAAUUUGAUACAUUGGACAUCAGCAAAUGAAAAUAUGGUUGCAAAGUUGAGGAAUGUCUAUGGUUGAUAGGCAUGAGGCAUAACUGCAGUCCUGGAUGCAGGCUCAGAGUUUGGAGCUUUAAGGGCAUGACUGGAAUUUCGGUGCUUGGAUAUAGAUUAGAAGGUACAGAAAAGUUUGGCUAGUCAAUUCUCUCCAUGGAUUAUGAAAAUGUGAAUCUCUUGAGGGCACAGCCUUGAGGUAGCCAAGAAAGGUCGAUAACAUUGAGAAAUUAUCUACUAGAUUUCAUGUGAUCUCAACUUUGUGCAUGACCUGAAUAUAAUGUGAUGGCCUUGCUGGUGUGUAAGACUCAUCAUGAACGCCAUACAAGGCCAAGCGCGUGGUCUCUAGACAGAGCUUGCACACGACAAGGUGGUGUGGGGAGACGAAGAACACUAGGCCACCUUUCCUCCUUUCCAUCAGCGCAAGCCUAGGUAACCAUAGUCACCUAAUAUUUAUGCUGGUGAGAUGUAACUGGUACUGAUGGAAUUAUCGGUUGAUGAAAUAGUCGAGGCGUCUGACGAGUUAUUGGAUGAAAUAGUCGAGACAUGUGCAAAUUAGUUAGUCCAAACAUCAUGGUGCAGGGUGAGAGACCACACCAAUGAAGUAGCCUCACUCAAUGAGUCUUGAGACAAGUGACUUGCAAUAAAGUUAUGAAAAUCGUGUACUUCCAAUUGGUUUUGUCUUGACGGAUCGAUGAUGAUGAUGACAUAUCCCUGUAACACUUACCAACUUUCUAAAUUACCAAACACUAUUUGAUUUUUGAGACUUUA